AUGAGGUCCCUUUCUAAGACCUGGAAUUCUCUCUUGUCGCAUCCAUCCUUUAUCAAAUCUCAUCUCGAUCAUUCCAAGGAUACCAACGAUGAAAUUCUUUUGGUGUUCCAAAGCAGGUCUAUUUCAAAGGAUAUCCCAGUCACAGCAUACAUAUCUCCGAAUCUCCAGCUUGCCAAUUCAGUCAAAGUCUAUAUGGAUAGCUUACGAGGUUUUGUUGUUGGCCUCGUCAAUGGUUUAGUAUGCCUUGAAAGUGAAGAAUGUUGUACAAUUUGGAACCCUUCUCUCUCGGCCUCAAUAGAUCUCCCACCAUAUACUAUUGACGGUGACAGUGACAGUGACUACAAUUAUAGUGACAGUGACAGUGACUACAAUAUCAGUUAUGGAGAUCUAAGAAAGAAUGAGAGAUUCUAUUAUAGCCGUAAUUCCAAUUUCAAGUUCGGGUUUGAUCCCAAAAAGAAUGACUAUAAAAUUGUCAAGCUUACAUAUGGUUAUUGUAACUACGAUGACAGAAUUCUCCACUGGCUUCCCGUGGAGGUGUUCAGUGUAUUAAAGGGUUCUUGGGAAUCAAUUACCGAAAGGUUUCCAUCCCAUGUUGAAAGGAUUCUUAAUAUGAAUGAGUUUGUUGUAGAUGGAUAUGAUGGUCGUCUUCAUUACCUUUGUAAGGUUAAAAUAUCUGUAUCUGAACGGACGAAAGUAACGAUAGUGGCCUUUGAUUUGGAUGAUGAAACUUUCAGUGAGAUAGCAUUCCCGGAUAGCAUACAAUAUCAUCGUUUGAGGAUGGAGCUAGGAGUUUUGUCUGGGAAGUUUUGUGUAAUGCUGAACGUUAGCAAUGGUGAUUGCGAGGUCUGGGUGAUGGAAAAUUAUGGGGUGGCUACUUCGUGGGUUAAACGCCAUGUAAUUCCAAAAUGUAAGGGUGAUGAUAUUUUUCCGAUUGGAAUUACUCUAAAAAAUCAUUUCGUGUUGGAACAUGGUAAUCAUCGUGUGCUAUCAUUGUAUGAUCAAGAAGCUUCAACAUUUAAAGAUUUUAAGGGUGUGAAACCAUUUUCCAGUUUCACAGUUGUUCAAUAUGUUGACAGUCUGGUUUGGGUCACACCCGCUAAAUGGGCCAAUAAUGAUGUCUGUGUAUCUUCAUCUCAAAUUGAAAAGAAGCAACACUCAUUGGAUGAUUGA